GUAAAUAGCGAUUCCUCGUAUCGGUGUAUUCUUUUAAAUUAUUGGAGGCGACCAGCGGCGAAGAGAAUGAGUGGCUGUUCAGAGAAGGGAGACACGGACAGUUGUUAUCGAUAGAUGUGUAUAGACCAUAGAUCAUGGUAUGGCGUCCUUGUCAUCACAGAUUAUGUAUUUGUGUACAUUUAUUGCAAUGGGAGUCGAUUUAAACUCUAAGUCAUAUAUCACAAACGGGUAUUAUUGGUUCAACCAGGACUUUAAACAUUGGCAUUAGAUAAAUAUGAUCCAUGUCGCACGUGUAUGUGGUUCACCCUAGGAGCAAGACAUUGUGACUUUCAUGAACAGAGAUUUAUAUUGUGUUUCUGGUUCUGGAACAAAUUUAGAAGACCGGUCGUUAUACUUUUGGGUCUGAGUGUAUUUUGAAUUGUACAACAAUUUGAGGCAACUGGAUAUAUCUAAUACAGCUUGAUUUGCAUCAAUUGAAAUGGAAACAUUGCAGUGUACUUGCGAAUGUGGUUUAAAAAACAAAGCGUUGGGAAUUUCAUACUGAACGUUUUACACUGCGUGUAGCUCUGAAUUAUGCAAUAAAUAUUGUAAGUAUUCACGCCUGGAAACAACAUGAAUUCAUCGAUUAACAUCGAUAAAGGUUAUGCUUUACAAGCUUAAAAUAAGUCUUAAAGAAGGCUGGACUCAAUAAUUCAACAGUAGUAUCGAGUGCAACAUUGUUUAAUAAUUUAUUUUAUUUCUAUAGAAAUCACUGUGAUUGUAUUGAAACUUGAAAAGCCUGUUUCUUUUGCAGGUCGUUAAUUAAUGUAGAUAGGUUGACAGCAUUCACUCUAAAAAUGAGACUCUUGUUUGCAAAUAUCGAUUUGAGGCUUCCAAUGUAAACAAUGAACCGUGAACAUAUAACAGUGUGGUAAAACUAAUUACAAGUUAAUAUAUUCACUUUCGCUGUCAAUAUCAGAUUACAUCAGUAGAUGUUUUCACUAAACAUAAAUGUGGUUGACGAAUGUUACAGCACGUGAUUGUGAACGCAAGGGUAUUAGAGUAUUCAACAUGAAGGAGAUUUUUCACUAUUGAUAUAAACAAUGAGUGUCAACGAACGGCAAAUCCUUCAAACGCAAAUGAUAAAAACUCCAUGCUUUUAACACUGAAAAACCUAUAGUGCAAAUAUGACAGCAAGAAGAAUUCCGACCAAAUACAGGUCACCUGACAACCAGGAUUCACGUCGACACUGGGCCGCCGAGAAAAUCCAGCUGAAGUUGUUGACCUCGGAGGACAGGUACAGAAGCAAUGUGCUAUAUAACCAAAUUGAAGCGCUGGAGGAUAAAAUAUACCGAUGUCACGAAAACUUCAACGCCGACUUGAUGUAUAAAAUGUUCAAGGAAUUGACCAAACGGAUAAAGGGGUCGAAAGACAUCCACACCAUCGCUGGACUUCGUCAAGCAUUCAAAGCGGAAGCAAGACGAAUACACAUGCGCAACAGAAGCCGUAAACCGGGGUUUCAGACCAACAUAGCGCCAGACACAAUGAUGCAAUACUUUGCUUGGUUCUUUGAUUAUCUGAAAUAUCUACGGGAGUUACGGGCGAAUUUUGUUGAUCGGAUCUUUAAUCCAUUGUUUAAAUACUUCCUAGAAGUAGCAACUGCCACUCCGGACAAGGAACGGUCAGUGGAUUCGGCAAUGUCCGUAUCAAACCUAAGUCUAGUUUCUUACAGUUCAUUCGACAGUGGUUUAAGUGGACUGACCGGCCUAUCCGGUUGGAGUUCGUUGGCCUUGUCUGACGCUGAAAGUGAGGCGUCUUCUGAGGACAUUCACGAGACUCGUAAGCGGAUGCUAUCGCGUGCAGCUCUUCUUUUACUCGGACGGGAAUUCCGGGACAUCAAGAACUUGUACGAUAAUACUGAAAUUGAGAAUAUUGCUCAGAGACUGUCUCUACUAAAAGAACGAAUUGAUUUUUUGCUUGACAAUGAAACAAGUAUCAGUUACGAAAUGUUCAGCCAAGACAGUGAACAAGCGAUUCAUCACUUGAAACUGAAAAACGUGAGAACUCAUUGCUUAUUACGUGUGCUGCCUGAUGUGUUGGUGAAGUUCCAGAAAGCAGCGUGGCUCGCGAGACGAUGGCUCAGGCUUGACGACAAGAAAACAAAAGACGUCAAUGAAAAGCUGGACAAGCUAGCCACGAUAGAAGAGCAAUUAUCUCGUCGUCUGUCAGUUUUAUCUAAGGAUAUCUCCCGCAGACAGCAGGAAUUAGAUAAAGAUCUUACGGAACUCCAGAGGCUAGUGAAGCGCGAGGAGCGCUCAAAUGAGCUCCAUCUUGCGAUUCACGAGACAGAAGAGAGAAGAAUAAAGCUUGAAGCCAGUCUCGAAAAACUAGAAUCCGAGAAAAACGAACUUGCCAAAAAUAUCCAAUCUGCCGUUCGAUACCGAAAACAGUCUGAAUAUAAACAAAUGCGGACGAUGUAUGAGAGGAACAGAUUACAGCGUUAUGCAUUAGAGAGACAAAUCGCUACAGUUAAAUUUCACCAGAACCUGGUACAAAAAGACAUGCACAUUGAACUGGAGGUUAAACCUGACCUCAUUCACUUCACAAACGACGUUCAGGAUCGUUGUGAGGAGCUAGAGAAAUUACUUGAACGUGAAAAGAAGGAGAAAAGGACGCUACAGGCGGCCUUAAUGCCCGUAGUCAAGGACAAAGAGAUGCUUAAAGAAAGACUGCACGACAACGGAAGCAUGGCUCCUACUCCGAUCCAGAACAAUUACGUUACCGAGUAUGUAGGUAGUCGAAAUAUAAAUUCAACGACGAAUGCCAAGUACAUCAGAUCUAUUGAAAACGGUCGGACAUACCCUGCGAGAUUACACGAAGGGUUUACCGGUAAUGAAUUCGGAUAAGCAAUUUUCAGAUUGACUGUUCUGUUUCUUUGUGUGUUGGAUUUUUCGCCAGUGUCAUUGUAGUAGCUGAUGGCUACCUCACUGAACAUCAUACAGGAGGCCUAUUGCAUGAUAUCCAGGGUAAUAAUGGCAACAUGGCUUGCCGAAGGACACAGCCACAACAGCACGAGACAGUCUAUGAUCAGCCAUUUUAUUUCUUAUUCAAGCAUUACAUUUAUAACCGUACAGGAUUUCAAAGGUAAUAGCAUUAGGAAAGUGUAAAUAAUUUAUAAAAUUGUGUUAGAAAAAAGUUCUGUCUAUGAUAAGAAGUAUACGUGGGUAGUUUUGAUAACGUCUACCAUUCACUUGCCUUUUCUCUCCUUAUACAGUUCAUUUGUUUGUGAAUUUAUUUAUUUAUUUAUAUAUUUGUUCAUUUUAGCUAUAUUCUUUUAUGUUCAUUUUUUUACACACAUGAGUACUGUUAUUUCAAUUGACAUGUUGAAAGAAGACAUUUUAAAGUCACCCGGAAAUAAAUUGUCUAUACGAAACACAUUUUGAAUGUCUUGUUCAAAUCGAACGAACAGGACAGGGAUGAGGUAUUCUGAGAUUACAGGAGUGUAGGAGCCGACAACUAUUCUAUAUAUAAUACAUUGUGUGACGGAAUCGUGCAUGUUUAUAUUUCGUGUUCGAAACAAUUUAACUUUAUACAUAUAUAUGUAUUUUAAGUCAUUUAACACAUUAAUUUUUAGUUUAAACAUAUUUUAUUGCCAAAAAGCUUAAGGAUCGAGCACAUGUUACAUCAACAACAUUAAUGCCCUUUCCUUAUGUCAAUUAAUAACACAUGCAUGUUUACAUCAUAAAAUGGUUCUAACAUAACUCGGCAAAUAUGCGAUUAUGUUUUAUUGAGAGAGACACACACAGACAGACAGACACAGACAGACACAAACAGACAGACAGACACACAUACACAGACACACACACAGACAGACAGACAGACACACACAGACACAGACAGACACAAACAGACACACACAGAUACACACAGAUACACACAGACACACACAGGCACGCUCAGACAGAUAUAUGGUAAUUUCCUCCGUAUCAGAUGUUCAAAUGUCUAUUACAUUCCGUGCUCAGUUGUUUUCUCCUUUCUUUUCUUUUUUUUUCUCUUUCGAAUUCAUACUUUCUCAAAUUUAGUUUCGACUGCACCGACCUCAAUUCAUUGAUCCUUGCAUUGUCUUCUUUUAAGGCUACUGUUGUCUCAUAGUGAUCUUUAUUUUUCUUUCUUUUUUAUUGUACUUCAGACAGAAGAUCACCGUGGUAGUUUUAGCAUAUAUAUUAUACAUACAAUUGUACCUACACACUGAUAGAAAUACAUAACAUGUUCGUAUAUAUACAAUGUUUGUUUACUACAUACCGAUGGGUAAUAUGAUAUACUAACGAUAUACGAGUAUAUCAUUAUCAAAACCGUCAUAUGAUUCAGCUCUCUACUAUUAACUUAAAUAUUUAGUAUAUCACGUGACCAAAUCACUGGGGCUACGAAUUUGCAUGUUGACUCGCGGGAGUCCAUUAAGGCGAACAGUAACAAACAUAAAAGUGUAACAGAGUCAAUGACUCGGUGUCUAUAUAGUGUAGAUAGCCAAUCAGCAUUAGUUAUAUUAUCACGUGAGAUCAUAAAAUGUCAUAUGAUGCACUGUGGAAACGUUUUAUUUAUUUGUUUAUUCAUUAUUUAUUGUUAUUAUGUGUCAGCAUAUUUAACACUGACGACCCAUAUGCGUAUACAUUAUGUUAUGUGUAUAUCUCGGACAAUAAGAGUAUGUUUGUCUACAUUCCUGAUUAGGUAUAAUAAUGAUUACACGAAUAAAUAAUCAGCUGAGCUUUGAAAGUAUCAUCCCCUUCCCUAGACAUGGAUUAUGCCGAAUCGGAAAACAUCCAAACAUAUGUUAAAAUGCAGCGACCAAAUAUCUUAUGCAUUGCAAAAUACUUUAUAAGAUGUUAUUUUCUGCGUUAAUUUUGUUUUUCUUGAAUACUCAUUAAUUUUGUUUUCAUGAAUAUUCAUUUUUUUUCAUGAAUAUUU